AUGGUAACUGACGGGUUCGUGAUUCGCUUCAGGGUAACAGACAGGUUCGGGAUUCCCUUCAGGAUAACGGACAGGUUCGGGAUUCCCUUCAGGGUAACGGACGGGUUCGGGAUUCCCUUCAGGAUAACGGACGGGUUCGGGAUUCGCUUCAGGAUAACGGACAGGUUCGGGAUUCCCUUCAGGAUAACGGACGGGUUCGGGAUUCCCUUCAGGGUAACAGACAGGUUCGGGAUUCCCAUCAGGAUAACGGACGGGUUCGGGAUUCCCUUCAGGGUAACGGACGGGUUCGGGAUUCCCUUCAGGAUAACGGACAGGUUCGGGAUUCCCUUCAGGGUAACGGACGGGUUCGGGAUUCCCCUCAGGGUAACGGACAGGUUCGGGAUUCCCUUCAGGGUAACGGACGGGUUCGGGAUUCGCUUCAGGGUAACGGACGGGUUCGGGAUUCCCUUCAGGAUAACGGACAGGUUCGGGAUUCCCUUCAGGGUAACGGACGGGUUCGGGAUUCGCUUCAGGGUAACGGACGGGUUCAGGAUUCCCUUCAGGAUAACGGACAGGUUCAGGGAUUCCCUUCAGGAUAACGGACGGGUUCGGGGAUUCCCUUCAGGAUAACGGACGGGUUCGGGAUUCCCUUCAGGAUAACGGACGGGUUCGGGAUUCCCUUCAGGGUAACGGACGGGUUCGGGAUUCCCUUCAG